GUGCUGGGAAUCGGCUGGUGGUGCGCAGCUUGGUCAGUGGUGCUACUGUCUAUCAGGCCCCCAUGAAUUCAACAGAGAUGACCACGACCACUGAGAAUCGUCUGAAGGCAGCCGCAACUCAUCCACUUGUUGAUGCCGAGCUAUUGGAGCGACAUCUUCAGUUGCUCAACAAUCGGACAGGCGGAACGAUUCCCCAAAUGACGCCCAGGAUGGUGUUGCCCGCACAACGAGACGGAGGCGGAGGAGCAGGAGGAGAUUACAAGGCGCCAUCGCCGACACAAUUACAGGUGGAUGCCAGGAAUGAAGAGGAGUUGCCGCAGUGCAAGAUUAGACGCAACUACAGUUGCACCAGUUGUGCCUUCUUCACACAGAAUCCACGUAGUCAUCUGUCCCAUCUACGGGAUGUGCACGGCGAGAAGAUUGUCAUCAAUGAGUGUAAGCUCUGUCUGUAUGCCUCGCGGCACUUUCAGAAGCUUGUGCGUCACAUGAAGAUGGUGCAUGGUUGCUCCGACGAUGACAAUGGUGGCAUGUCGGGGAGACGCCACUGUAAUCGCGAGGCACGCAAGCGACGCCUCGAGGAGAGCAUCGAGACGCCAGUGGCUCCAGUUGGAAUAUCAUCAUCAUCAUCAUCGUCGUUGCCUUGUGGAGGACCAUCGCUGAAGCAACUGAAGAGUGAGCUGCAAGUCUUGGAGCAGCAGCUGCUCCACAAUGUAGAGGCAUUCAAUCGACAACAACAACUGCAGCAGUUGCAGCAAUUGGUCUCACAUGGCAGUGGUAACAUCUUCUCCAUGGCCUUUGAGAUUCAGCUGUGCAUGUUGCCACCAACCGUGCCCAUGUCCACUUCUUCGGCUGCUUCCCUUCCACAGGAACUGGAGGGGCGCGAGGCGGAACAAAGCAGCUCCGAUUCAGAGGAGCUCACCCAGGUAGAUGAUUACCUCACGCCAGAGGCUCUGGAUCUCUCCACUGGCAACUCCAUAGCUCCCUAUCAAUGCCAAAAGUGCUCCUACAGCACUCCGAUCCGUGCCCGGUUCAAGAAGCAUGUCAAAUAUCAUUCCAUGCCGUUGAUCAAAUGCGCUUCCUGUGACUUCCACUCGCCCUACAAAUGGAAUCUGGAUAGGCACACCAAGAACCAUGGCGCCAAUGGCUACUUCAAGUGCAAUGUCUGCGAUUUCAGCACCAACAUUAAACAAUCCCUGACCAUACACGAGCUUAACCAUCAUGUGGCAUCGCGUCGACAGGCUUCACAGGAGUCUCUGGAGCAGCAGCUGGACCCAAACGAAACGCAGGCGUGUCCCAGUCCAGAGAAGGCAACCGAGUUGGAGACGCCUCUAAAUGACUUGCCGCCUAUUAGUUGCUCGCAUUGUCAGCAAAUCAUGCCCAAUGCCGUGGAGCUAGUGCAGCAUCUGCAGCAAUGUGAGCCGGCAUUGAGGAGCACCACGAAUCUGGCCAGUGAUAUGGAACUUGCCGGCGAGGAGGAUUAUCGUGGCAACGAUCUGAGCUACUGUGGUGUGGAAACCGCACCUGGUUAUGGAGAGGUGACAGAGCAACUGCAGCCGGAGGAUUCGGAUGCGUUGAAGAAAGUCUUCAAGUGUCCGCAUUGCACCUUUUGGGCUGCCACCGCAUCGCGUUUCCAUGUCCACAUUGUGGGUCAUCUCAAUCGCAAGCCAUUUGAAUGCUCCCUCUGCUCAUAUCGCUCCAAUUGGCGCUGGGACAUCACCAAGCAUAUACGCCUGAAGACCAUGCGCGACAAGUCCCAUGUCCAUGCUCAGGUCUUGAUGAAUGAUGAGACCGGCAGAAGGAACUAUGCUAAAUACAAUCAAUAUCUUACCUUGAUGAAGGUCAGUGCUGAACAAGCUGCGGAUGCCAAGACAAUGCGUUGUGGUGAGAUGCAAUCAACCAGCUCGGAGCAACACUUGUUGGUCUUGCCACAGCCGGAGGAGGAAGAAGAACCUCAAUCAGAUUCCCUUGCGGCUCUGGACUUAAGCGUUCCUACCAAGCCUCAGUCGGAGCAGGCUUCUGAUCCACUGGAUACCAACUCGGACAGCAGUUCUAAUAAGUCAAAAUCAAGGAAACACGGAAAUUCGCUCUAAAUUUAAUACUAUAAAUGGACCAGAUUACAAAAAGGAUCGACUUGAACAGAUCAAACAAUACACUUUGAAGACUGUAAUUUAAAUGAUUUUUAAAUUGUAAGCAAAUAAACUUUAAGAAAUUAA